CUCAUCAGACGAGUCAUCACGGGUCGUCACUUCCAAGAGUGCCCAUGGAUCAUCAGCCUCAUCGGUGAUGGCGGUCACCAAUUCGGCGGAUGCCCAUGGAUCAUCAGCCUCCACGGACCAGUCAUCACGGGUCAUUGCUUCAAAGGCUGCCCAUGAAUCAUCAGCCUCGACCAUAGCAGCGGAAGUCACCAAGUCUGGAGCUGCCCAUGAAUCAUCAGCCUCCACGGACCAGUCAUCACGGGUCAUUGCUUCAAAGGCUGCCCAUGAAUCAUCAGCCUCGACCAUAGCAGCGGAGGUCACCAAGUCUGGGGCUGCCCAUGAAACAUCAGCCUCCACGGACCAGUCAUCACGGGUUGUCACUUCAAAGGCUGCCCAUGCAUCAGCCUCGACCAUAGCAGCGGAGGUCAUCAAGUCUGGGGCUGCCCAUGAAACAUCAGCCUCCACGGACCAGUCAUCAUGGGUUGUCACUUCAAAGGCUGCCCAUGCAUCAGCCUCGACCAUAGCAGCGGAGGUCACCAAGUCUGGGGCUGCCCAUGAAACAUCAGCCUCCACGGACCAGUCAUCAUGGGUCGUCACUUCAAAGGCUGCCCAUGCAUCAGCCUCAUCGGUCCUGGCCACUCCGUCAGUGGCCGCACGCGGUGCAGGGCUCACCGCCCGGACGGGCUCGCCACACCGCCUCCCGUUGCACCGGAGGCUGGUGAAGACGGGCCCGUCGUCACAGAAGAGAGAGAAGUGGAGGCCGCUGAUGUUGUCCAGCAGCCAGGCCAGCGGCAUGGAAGAGGUGAAGACAGGCUUCCUAAGCGAGGCACAUUGCACCCUGACUGCCGCGUUGCCGUCUUUCUUGCACAGCUUCGCCAAGGGCACACGCAGCUCACCCUCGGCGUGGCAGCCUUGAAUCCCUGCGACGCAAGACCAGCCUUCCACGGGGAGCUUGACGGAGGCGACCGUACGCCUCCUCUUCAGGCAGCAGGUGGAGUCCUUGCACGAGAGCUUGAUGGAGUCCACCAGGGAGGAGCCUCGCUCCAGGGUUACCCACACGUUGAAUUUCUGUCGAGAUGCAGAGUUUCCCAUCGUUGCUUCGAUGUGAUAUAAAAAAUAUCCGUAUAUCGAGGAAAUCGGUGUUAGGUAAUAAAAGGAGGUGCUAUGUCCAUGAAGACCGACUGGCCUCCAGCAAAUUCUUUCUGCUGUAAUCUUGCCUAGUCGGCUAAGUAGUGCAGUUCACGCGUCGGAUGGCGGGUGACAGGGCUGCAGCAACACGC